AUGGACGUGGUGCUGAGAGCGUCGCAAGAGUCCGGCGGGUAUUGGGUGAAGAAUGAAGUGUCUCAAGAAAGCGAUCUGGAUUCUAACGGGAUUGUCUACGGUCAAUUGUUGAAAUCUAUACAAGAAGCACCCCAGGAUGUCGUAGAGGAGACAGUUUAUCUGGGAAUCGAUAGAAAACAGUCGAAUAUUAAAGAAAGUGAUAUAGAUUUUAGAUAUAUAAGCGAUGCCAUACCAAAGAAACCUUAUUACCCCGCUUCUUUUGGUUUGAAAUCAAGUGGCGUGGUACAAAUCAAUGGCAAGAGUUUCUUGUAUCCGAACACACCCAUGCUCUUGUAUCCUCAGGAUGUCAAACAGGAUUUCAUAUGCAAAAUCGGCGAGGAGUCGAUGAAUCAAGAACCUCAAUGUAUAAUGGUUCUUGUGCCAAAAGGAGAUAUGAUCGAACUAGCAUUAGUUAACGAAGAGGCUACGUGGUCGUCAGGAUUAAACCCGAACAAGGUGGCAGUUGGCUAUUGGAAUGUAGAUCCUGCAGUCUUUCCUCUCUACCAACCGCUGUCAUCAUUGAUGUACCUCAAAAAAUGCCCAAGACUGUUGUUCGGUCGUUAUCAAAAUGUGGCAGCUAUAGGCCUCCAGACGUGUUACUGA